UAUUUGCUUCAAGAAAAUUGGCACGUUUGGGAACUGUUGGGAUAAUUAUUAAUUUGGUGAUUUGUGUUCGUAAUUCGAUGAUAAUUUGAAUUGUGAUUUAAUAAAUUAAAUUGAAGAAAGGGUUAAAAUGCGAUUAAAAUUUACAAGGCGACAAUGGUCAACGUUAGUUGUAAUAUCGAUUGCGGACUUUUGUAAUGCCAUAUGUGUUGCGUUACAAGCGCCAUUUUUUCCACAAGAGGCAGAGAAGAAAGGCUGUACCGCAACAGAGUAUGGGCUGGUCUUCGGAGUGUUUGAGCUCGUAGUGUUCAUCAUCAGUCCCUUGUAUGGGGCUCAUUUGAACCGCUUGGGUCCCAAACUUGUGUUCAAUGCGGGUAUACUGACUACCUCAACAUGCGCUAUUUUAUUUGGAUUGUUGGACAAAGUAGACGGUCACAUACCGUUCGUAACGCUGGCGUUCACGAUACGAAUCAUAGAGGCCUUGGGAAAUGCGGCUUUCCUCACUGCCUCUUUUGCUAUCAUAGCAAAGGAGUUCCCUGAUAAUGUGGCUACAAUGUUUGCCUCCCUAGAAACCUUCUUCGGGUUAGGGCUCAUAGCUGGUCCCAUGAUUGGUGGAGCCCUUUACAGCGUUGGAGGAUACUCCUUACCUUUUGCUGUUCUUGGUGCAGCGCUCUUAUGUACUGCUGUACUAUGUUAUAUAACACUUCCGAAAGCUGCUGAUGAUGAAGAUAUUAAGCCUACUGGACCUACCAUGAUGUCAGUAUUACGAAUUCCUGGCGUUUUAUUAGCAGCAAUUACUAUAAUAUCCACCAGUUUGAGUAUAGGCUUUCUGCAGGCGACAUUAGAGCCGCAUAUGAGACAGUUCAGUUUCUCGCCAGUAGUGCUAGGGGUUAUAUUCAUAAUCAACGGCGGUAUAUACGCGCUAUCGGCUCCCGGGUGGGGUUGGCUGUGUGACCACCCCGCGGUGAAACCGAAGUACAUCACUAGUAUAGGACAUAUGUUCGUGAUUGGCGCGUUUUUGCUUAUUGGACCGGCGCCUUUCUUUGAUAUGCCUACAGUAUUAUGGGUCACUAUUUUAGGCUUGAUUCUUCACGGACUUGGUAUGGGAAGUCUGUUAGUAUCCUCAUUUUCAGACGCUUUGAGCACUGCUAUUUCAAGCGGUCUCCCUAACUCAAUAGAAACAUACGGGCUAGUAUCGGGCAUGUGGACGUCCACUUUUGCUCUCGGUGCCUUCAUUGGUCCAACUGUGUCCGGUCUCCUCUUCGAUUCUAUCGGAUUUAGGAGCUCCACCACGUUUAUUGUUAUUCUUCAUAUAUGUGUGAUGUUCGUAGUACUAAUAUUCCUAUGGACGUGUGAUCGACCCAAAAUGGAGGUAUCAGUUUCCGCUGGAGAUUUGCUGCAACUGGACGGUACUUUGGAUGAAAGUGUACUUAUUGGAGAGAAGUUUAUACCCACUGCACGACCUAAGAGCAGUCGUCGUUACGGUAUUAGCGUGGAACAAUCUAGGCCUCCAGCAAUGAACAGCCUCAUAGCGUGCUCCAGCUAUAAGAACAGACGGAGCCCUUGGAGCCAACGUACUCCGAGAUACAGACCUUCGUAUGGGAGCCUUGAUACUAGGUUCAGGGGUUCUGUGUCCAUUACAUAGAUUUUUGCAGCUUUUUUUGUUAUUGUGAACUGUGCCUGUUAAUUUUCCAAUAUAAAUGAUAAUAUGAUAUUUUCUGUGUUCAUUUUCCAUUUAUGUACCAAAGC